AUGGAGGGGGCGGGCGCCUCCACGUUGAGCAGCUCGGUCGGGGAAAUGGGGCGGGGGAUGGGUGGCGCCGGGAUUGCCCUGAAGAGCCGCGCACAGCCCAGCCUCAGCCGUGCAGAGCUCAUGGAGGUAUGGCGACCAGGGAACGUGGGAAAAGGAAGCGCCACGGAUCAUCCGCAGGAUGGGAUGGCGACUUUCAAAAGGACCUCUGCCUUCGCGGCAGAGUUUAACUGGGGUUCGGAAAAGGCGACGAAUUUAAAGCCGCUCUACUCCUACGAUCCUAGUGCAAUACCCCACAGCAGCGCUCUCGUGAGCGGGUUGGACCGCAAGCCUAGUGUCACGGAGGCCAGCGGUGGUGGUCUUCGCAAGGGAAUUGGAUUUCGUAAAUCAUCCGAUAGUAAUCUUGGCGAUGUGGGGGAGGCAGGCGCAAAUGAUAAGGACAGUAGCUCGCCUAAAUCUCACUCGCGGACUCGAAAGGUCACCUUAAUCGUUGAUUGA